AUGGCAACAUACCAAGGAAUCCUGCUACACCUCAUCUUCUCCCUCCUCCUCAACCGCGACCAGUCAGAUCUACAACUGGCUCAAGUUCUCCCCGAUAUUCCCUCUCAGCUUCUCGUUUCUCUCGUGCACAGCUGCUUGAAGCGGCAUAUGUUCUUCUAUCCCUCAAUAAUGGCCCAAUUUAAACCAGGUAUUAACCCCGAUGUUUUUAUCUGGCUUGGUAUUGAGGAAGUCAAGCGUUUCGACUUGUGCUUGUACAGGGUAUGCAGACAUGCCCGGGUACACGACACCAAACUCUUGGAAGAGGCGCCCAAUUUUAGCCCUCGCGGUGUACCACAGCUACCGGGUGAAAGUCUUCUUUCUCUGGCAGAUCUGCAAUUUGCGGUCCCAGAUAGUGAUGAGCUCUGGCAUGCGACUUCAGACUUGGCUGCGAAACUCGCGGGAAACUCAGCCACGUAUACCAAUGAGAAUACUGAGGAGUAUUGGAUAUCCCGGACUGCGCGGCUAUUGCAGCCUCGUGAUCAACAAUUUCAGUGGAUAUAA